AUGGAUCUUUCUUUGGACUCAAAUCAAACAGUCACUGUUGAUUACUCUCAUCUCCUUUAAGUCAAGGAUCCUAACCCAAAUUUUGUACAUUCCUUCUUAGAGACAACCAUUUUCUAAAUACUAAAAAAUCAUUCCGAUGUAUUCACCUUUAAUGAUUUUGAAAUUUAUGACAUCAAAAGUGGGAGUAGAGCAGUUAUGCUAGAAAAUGGAGUAUUGAUAGGGUCAGGGGGACAUGGCGAUGUUUAUUACACUUAUAAUCCUUAAACACAACAAAAGGCUGCUCUAAAGGUGUAAAAGGAUUGCUCUUUUUAAGCUGUCCUUCAAUAUGCAGAGGAAUUCAAAAUCCAAAAAAUAAUUGAGGAAAUUUACCCGGAGUGCAUCAUCAAGGUUUAAGGAAAGGUUUUUAUUUCUCAAAAUUAUGUUGAUAGUUACAAAAUGCACACUUAUUUGGAAUUAGGAACGGGGAAUUUGAGAAGUUAUACAAAUAGAUUAUCUGAGGUUGAAAUUGAUAAUGUUUUCAAUUGCAUUCUAGAUAGUAUUAUCAAAAUUCAUUCAAUCAAAAUUGCUCAUCGAGACAUCAAAUUAGAUAACAUUCUAAAGACAAAAGAAAAUGGGUGGGUCCUAUCAGAUUUCGGGUGCUCAACUCAAUAUUAAACACCUUAUGGAGAAUAUCCAAUUCUUGGCACUAUUCAGUACUACAAAAAAUCAAUUAGAUAGACUUAUGCUUAAAAUCAAAGAAAAUGUAAAAUGAAUUUAUUUAAAAAUGAUAUUUACGCAUUCUAAUUAGUGAUGCUCUAAAUUAUUUAUCCUGAGAAAUCUAUGAUAGAAUUGAAUACUAUUCUAGAUGAGAAGAAAAUGGUGCAUCCAAGAAUUAAUUAACUUUACGAUAAAGAUUAUUUUAUAAUUAAGAGAGAUUUCAGUAAAAUUAAAUACACUAGAUAAUCAACAAUCUUAGAUGAUGAUCUUAAUAUACACUUUGAUAAAGCAGCCUAAGAUACUAGAUUAGAUCCGCUGGCAUAAUUCGCUUUUAGUUUUUUUUCAUUUGCCAAAUAAUUAAGUGUUUUUCAAAGCAUAUUCCUAAAACUCUAUUUUGAAGAAUAUCAACAGGAGAAGCAGGAUACUAUUCGCACGGCUUAUCUAAUGAAGAGUUUUGUUUUAAAUUAUUAUUAAUUCAAAACAGUUUAAGAAAUCUUUGAUCAAAUCUAAUUUGAAAAGUUAUCUAAAUUAGAAUAUGAUUUAUAUUACGAUGUUUUUGGAAGAAGAGGCUCAAAAAUCCUUCAGUUAAUGCUUUGUCAACGAUAUUAAUAGAUUUUGGGUAACAAUAACAGCAACUUGCUUCUCUAAGAGGCAGAAAUUCUUUAUAUCAUGUGUCUUUGGGAUGAUGCAAAAUCCAUAAUUAACAGCAUUAAAGAUCCAUCAUUGUUAGAGAGUGACGAAGCAAUCCUAAAAUAUUGUUGUCUUAAGGCUCGUUUAAACAAUUUAUGGGUUGAAAAUCAUGAUGAUAUUAUUAAGUACUUAAGAAAUUAUAAAGAAACCUUUUAAAUCCUAUUUGAAUGGAAAUUCCUAUUGAUAGAUUCUAUUUGGAUGGACAGAUAUAAGGGUAAGGUUAAUAAAAUUUACAAAAAAUAUUAUCGAAUAAAGAAAGAUAUUUUAGAAUAAAACACUGAUAGCGAUUCAAUCAAGGAAACAUUUCAGGUCAUAAAUCUAGUUAAAUUUGGUGAAAAGCCACUUGUCGAUAAUGAAGAUCAAAAGUAUAAGAAUUUUAUAAGUUAAUUGAAGAAACCCCUUACAUAAGUGUCGUUAAUGAAAGACUAUAUGAAUUAUGAUAAUUAUUCAAUCUUCUAUUAUAAUUGGACAUAUCUGGAGGGGGUUGAUGUUUAUGGUGAGGGGUUUAGAAAUAAUAUUGAGGAUUUCAUACAGUUUAUAGAAGAGAACCUCUAAGGUUAUUAUUUCAAUUGGGUUAUUUUCGAUUUAUAUUCUCAACAUCUCACAUAUAGAAAUGAGUUUAAAAAGGCAGAGCUAUAUAAUUAAAAAGCCUUGGACAUCGUGAAAAAUGAUUGUGUCUUUCACUAAUUAAUAGUGCAUCAUCAUCUAUUUAGAUUAAAAUUUAAAUAACGAACUUAAGAUCGUUUUCCAGAUUGCAUUAACUUGUUGCCAUCUUCGAAUUUGAGAUUCUAUUAUGCAAGAUACAUUCAAGAGGAAGAAGGUAUAUAAUGGCCAGAAGGCAUAGAUAUGUAAACUCUAUUUAAAUGGGAAAUAAGUCAUUUAAACGCAGAUGAUAGGAAAUAUCUUGAUUUAAAUUCUGAAUAUCUUUCAAAUAAGCUAAUGAUUCUGUAGGAUUAAAACUUCCACAAAUUCAAAUAACAUAUGAAUCAAUUUUUACCUAACUUGGUUGAAUAUAUAAAAUGUAUGGUACUUCCAGAAUUUUACGAAUUGAUUAAAGUGGCUUAAUAAACAGGCUAACCAUAUAAAUUGGUAAGAAUACUAAUCUAGAGAUAUCUAACGUUAAAAAUAAUAUACAAUCAAAUAGGGGGUGCAUUAAAUUAAGUAUCAUGUAAUUACGAUGAUGAGUAUUUUGCUUAUGUAAGACACUGUAUAGAGGAUAAUGAUGAACCUGAAUAAGAAGUGAUCCCUAUUUCUAAGUACUUUUUUUAUUGUGAAAGUUAGUUAUGA